GAAAAAACGAAGCAAGAUUUCACGCGUAAAACGCUGUCGUUCUCAUGUUCAACCCCCUCUCGUUCUCCGUACUCAAAGCCCUCGCCUUUGUCGAACAGAAACUGGUUUUCCCCUACACCCACACCCUUUCUGCCCUAAUCUUCUUCUUCCUUUACACUCCACUUCCAUUUUUAUAUUUUUAUCAAACCCCUCAACCUCUUCACACAAUUUCCCCAAUUUAUAUCUCUUUCCAACUUUUCAAUUUCAACAACCCCUACAAAUUUCGUCGCCUUACUGGAUUUCCUCUCUCUCUACCCCACAAAAAGAGAGGGAAAAGUAGAUACUCGUAUGUUAUGUGAUGAUGAUUUUUAUAUUCAUGAUGUUAUCUCAUUCAAAAUCUGUUUCAGUAAGCAGAUUUUCUUGGUAAAAGUUCCUAUUCAACGCAACCAAUGAUCUCUAAUGUGUAGAUUCUGUAGAUAAUCAUUAUCUUUAGCAUUUCCUCUUCAAGAUCCCCCCACCAUGUCCGACGAGCAACCCUCGUCGCCGAUCCAUUCCGACGACGAAAUCAAGAACAAUAACAAUGCUACAAACGGCAACAACGUUGUAGUGAGGAGAGAAAGGCCGUCACGUGCAUGUACUGCUCGCUCGGCUGCUCGAAUUUACGAGGCUGCAGUUGCGGAAGCAGCGGUUGUGUCCACUGUUCGGAAGCAGAAGCCACGGCGGAGACCUCGGCGAGAAGUGGAGGAGGAGGAAGAAGAAGAGGAAGAGCCACCGCCUUCUCCGCCCAAUCCGUACAGCGACAUCAUUACACCGUUGGUUAGUGAGCCCGAGUCGUCACAGUUGCCGCGGUGGGAGAUUAGGUCUAUGUGGGAGUUGGCCUCAGUUCUUAACUUCUUAAAUGUUUUCAGGCCUCUUUUGAAUAUUAAAGUUGAAUUCUCGGUGGAGGAGCUGGAAACUGCUCUGAUUUCACCGAAUAAUACAUUGGGUGAAGUGCAUAUUCCUUUAUUGAAGGCAAUACCUCCAGUUACUCGAAUGGCAUUAGGACAAAACACUUGGGUUACUGUUCUAUGCCGAAAGCUAAGAGAUUGGUGGCAUUGGGUUUCAGAGGGGGAAUUGCCUAUAGUUGCAACACAUGGAGCCGAAAUCGAUACAUACAACACACUUGAUCCUUGUGUUCGUGUGGUCAUACUAAAAGCCUUAUGUGAUAUUCGUGUCGAGCAAGAUGAUAUUCGAAGCUAUAUAGAUGACUCUAUAAAACAUGGUGUCCCACUUUCUGCAUUUCGUAAAGAGCGUACAGGUGGCGAUUCUCAUGGAGUUUCUUACUGGUAUGAAGAUGAUCCUAUCAUCGGACAGAGGCUGUAUCGUGAAAUUAGAAAAGUCGAGGUGAAGAAAGGGAAGGGCAAAAACGUCCAAUCCAUUCCUUCAUACCAAUGGGAAACCGUUUCAACUAAUUUGGACGAGUUUCAAGACGUUUCUGAGAAACUAUUUUCUAGCAAAAACAGAACGGAAGCUUCACUCGGGAAGAAACUAAAGAAUGACAUGCUUCCCGAGAUUGAGAAGGUGCAGAAGAGGAAAGAGAAACUGCUAAAGAAACAACACAGACAAGCACUUCUCCUGGAUGGUAUGAUUGUGGAUGGACUGGGUCCCGGCCGAUCCCUUCGUGGUAGAAAACAAGUCUCCUACACCUUUGAUGAUUAUGACCGAUCAAUCAACGAGGCCAUCAAGAUAACCAAAAGGAAGCAACCUUCUCCGGAACAUACUGUAAGAAGAGAAGGUUUGAGACACUCACAUGAUGCUUCCCAAAACGGUAGAUGGGGUCCACCCGCAGCCCCUACACAUAAUUCCACAUUUACCCCUCCAUCGCCCGAUUCUCUAAACGAUGUCGGAAGUGAUUCCGAUCAUAAAUCCGAACAACUGGACCGCAGUAACCGGAGGAGAGAGAGGCCUCAACGGUACUCCGCACAUGAGUUUGUUGAAGCGGACAUGGAUACAGAUUAUGAUGAAGAAGACGAUGAUGAUGAUGAUAUAGUUGGUGAAGCUGUGUACGAUGAAGAAUAUUUAAAGAGACGAAAAGAAAGGAGGAAGGUGUCAAGUAGUUCAGAAGGAGAUGAAGAGUAUCGAUGGGAUGGUGAUAAUAAUGAGGAAGAUGAAGAAGAUGAAGAUGAAGGAGACGAUUCUUUAAAUGAAAGUGAAGAAGAAGAAGACAGUGAUGAUGAUAGCCCAAAAAGAUACAAGAAAUUACCCCGGACCAGGCGAGGAACAAAGUUGAGAUCGGUCAAUGAAUCCAAGUCGGGCCCCAGACGCAGCAGACGCUCCACCCGCAACCGUAUCGAUUACAAACAAUACGAGUUUUCCGAUACGGAACCGGAACCGGAAUCAGCAAAGCCGGAGACUUCCGAGAGCUCCGAUAAACACUCGGAAUCCAGCGAAGACAAAUCCGGGUUCUCAAUGGGAAGCAGUGAUGAUAAUGACACUGAAGGUGAGAACAAUGAUCAUGAUCAUGAUCAUGAAGAGAUGAAGAUAGAGGAACAAGAACCCAUGAUUCAAGAACAUGAAAAGAUCCAACACCAACAGGAAGAGGAAGAACCCAUCAAGUUAGAUAGUCCGGUUGAAGAUGAAUUUGAGAAUGGUGCUAGAAAAAGAAGGUUUCUUGAUUUAAAUGAGCUUGCACCAGGUUCUGGUUUUGAAGAUGGUUCCAUUAAGGAUGAUGAUACAGAUAACUUCUAG